AUGCAGAAUCUAGUACCCUUGACUACUACCCUUGGCACCUCUUCUGCGGAGACUACUACCCGUGGCACCUCUUCUGCAGAGACUACUACCCUUGGCACCACUUCUGCGGAGACUACUACCCUUGGCACCACUUCUGUAGAAUCUACCACUCUGGGAACUACUUCUGCAGAGACUACUACCCUUGGCACCACUUCCGCAGAAACCAGUACCUCUGGCACCACUUCUGUAGAGACUACUACCCUUGGCACUGCCACUUCUGCAGAGACUACUACCCUUGGCACCACUUCCGCAGAAACCAGUACCUCUGGCACCACUUCUACCACUAACCUUGGCACCACUUUUGUAGAAGCUACUGUCCUGGAAACCACAUAUGCAAGACCCACUUCUGCAGAAACUAGUACCCUUGGAACCACUUCUGAAGAGACUACUACCCUUGGCACCACUUCUGCAGAGACUACUACCCUUGGCACCACUUCUGCAGAGACUACUACCCUUGGCACUGCCACUUCUGCAACUACUACCUUUGGCACUGCCACUUCUGCAGAGACUACUACCCUUGGCACUGCCACUUCUGCAGAGACUACUACCCUUGGCACUACUUCUGUAGAAUCUACCACUCUGGGAACUACUUCUGCAGAGACUACUACCUUUGGCACCACUUCCGCAGAAACCAGUACCUCUGGCACCACUUCUGUAGAGACUACUACCUUUGACUCUACUUCUGUUAAACCAAUAUCUAAUGGCACCGCUUCUGCAGAAUCUGCUACCUAUAGCACCAAUUCUGCAGAAACUAGUACCCUUGGCACCACUUCUGCAGGACCAGCAUCUGAAGAAACUAGUACCCUUGGAACCACUUCUGCAGAAAUUAUUACCCAAGGGACAACUUCUGCAGACACUAGUACCCUUGGAACCACCUCUGCAGGACCCACUUCUGUAGAAACUACUACCCUGGAAACCACUUCUGCAGGACCAGCUUCUGAAGAAACUAAAACUACUACCUUUGGCACCACUUCUGCAGAGACGACUACCCUUGGAACAGCUUCUGCAGAAACCAGUACCUCUGGCACCACUUUUGCAACACCCACUACUGCUGAAACUACUACCCUUGGAACAGCUUCUCCAGAAACUACUACCCUUGGCACCACUUCUGCAGAAACCAGUAACCCUGGCACCACUUCUGUUAAACCAAUAUCUCAUGGCACCACUUCUGCAGAAUCUGCUACCCUUGGCACCACUUUUGUAGAAACUACCACCCUGAAAACCACUUCUGCAGAAACCACUAACCUUGGCACCUCUUCUGUAGAAGCUACUGUCCUGGAAACCACAUAUGCAGAACCCACUUCUGCAGAAACUACUACCCUUGGCACCACUUCUGUAGAAUCAACCAAUUUGGGCACCACUUCUGCAGAGAGUACUACCCUUGGCACCCCUUCUGCAGAAACCAGUACCUCUGGCACCGCUUCUGCAGAAUCUGCUACCUAUAGCACCACUUCUGCAGAAACUAGUACCCUUGGCACCACUUCUGCAGGACCCACUUCUGUAGAAACUGCUACCCCAACUACAACCUUGGAAACCACUUCUGCAGUACCGACUGCUGCAGAAACCACUGCCCUUGGCAUCACUUCUGUAGAAACUACUGUCCUUGAAGCCACUUCUGUUGAAUCUACUAUCCUGGAAACCAUACAUGCAGGACCCACUUCUGCUGAAAGUAAUACCCUUGGUUCCACUUCUGCAGAGACUACUACCCUUGGCUCAACUUCUGCAGAGACUACUAGAGUGAGCACAACUUCUGCAGAAUCUACUACCCUUGGCACCAUUUCUGCAGAGACUACUACAGUGAGCACAACUUCUGCAGAAUCUACUACCCUGGGCACCACUGCUGCAGAGACUGCCACCCUGGGCACCACUGCUGCAGAGACUGCCACCCUGGGCACCACUGCUGCAGAGACUGCCACCCUGGGCACCACUGCUGCAGAGACUGCCACCCUGGGCACCACUGCUGCAGAGACUGCCACCCUGGGCACCUCUUCUGCAGCACCCUCUUCUGCAGAAACUACUACGCUUGGAAUUACUACUGUAGAAUCUACAACUCUCGGCACCACUUCUGCAGAAACUAGUACCUUUGAAGCUACUUCUAAAUGA